AUCUCGUCUGCACGCGAGGUUGAGUACAACGAUCUUCCACCAACACCAACCCUUGUUGCUCAGCCAGGUUCUUCGCAUACCCGCCGCGAUGCCUGGGCCUUUCAGCUCCAAGUCGUUCAAUGCGACACUCCCCAACUCGCUCGCAGCGCGCUACCGCAAAUCGCUCCAAAAGCACCCAUUCGCUCUCUUCGGCCUCCCGUUCAUGGCCACAAUUGUUGCCGGCUCGUUCAUGCUGACCCCCGCUACCGCACUCCGCUAUGAGAGAUACGAUCGCAAGAACCAGCAGAUAAGCCAUGAUGAGGCCAUGGGCUUGGGGCAAGAUAGGCGGAAGGUCAAUAUGAAGGAUGAAUAUUAUAGGUUACAGGCAAAGGACCUCGAGGAUUGGGAGCAGCGGCGUGUCAAGCGACUCCCCGGCGAACCGGACGGUAUAUUAUAAGCAACCAUUCAUACCUACCUGUAAAAACAUCUGCACUAUUCGCACUGGGCAUGGAUUUUCAAGGGAACAAUACCGAUGGCGUUUUGAACUGUCAGUUUCGUGAUUUAUAAGAUGCAAGACAUCUUUUUCCAGAUAACUGUGUCUGGGGUAUCGUGCGUGCCAUUGAUGAAAACCAAGAAAACAAAAAAUGCACAUGACACCACCAAGUAUAUCCGAAGAACCUGCGGCUGCGUCGAUGAGAUGUGUUGAACUAUAUAUAUGAUUAUUCUAUCCAUAUAUGCUUCAGAUGUGAAGCGUGUAUUAAGGCUGCCAGC